UUCCGGUUCCGGCAGGCUGGGUGCGCGCAGCUUCUGUAGGCUGUUGAGUGUGGCGCGAUGCCUCUUCAUAAGUAUCCGGUGCACCUAUGGCAGCUGCUGCGGCUGCGACAGGGCAUCUAUGCGCGCUUACCCGCGCACUUCCUGCGCUCGUUGGAAGAAAAGCUGACGCCUACCCCGGUACACUACCGGCCCCAUGGGGCCAAGUUCAAGAUCAACCCCAAGAACAGGCAGCGGGAGCGCGUGGAGGACGUUCCCAUUCCAAUUUACUACCCUCCAGAGUCCCAGCAGGGGCUGUGGGGCGGAGAGGGUUUGAUCUUGGGCUACAGAUACUCCAACAACGAUAAGCUUGCGAGGAGGGUGAAGAAAGUGUGGAAGCCUCAGCUCUUCACACGUGAGCUCUACAGUGAAAUCCUGGACAAGAAGUUCACUGUGACAGUGACCAUGCGAACCCUGGAUCUCAUUGAUGAGGCCUAUGGGUUUGACUUCUAUAUACUCAAGACCCCAAAGGAGGACCUGUGCUCCAAGUUUGGCAUGGACCUGAAGCGAGGGAUGCUGCUGAGACUUGCCCGCCAGGACCCCCAACUACACCCUGAUGACCCUGAGCGGAGGGCAGCCAUCUAUGACAAGUACAAGAGGUUUGUCAUCCCAGAGGCAGAGGCUGAGUGGGUUGGCCUGACACUGGAGGAGGCUGUGGAGAAGCAGAGGCUUCUGGAGGAAAAGGACCCUGUCCCACUGUUCAAGGUCUACGUAGAGGAGUUGGUCCAGCGGCUUCAGGAGCAGGCUCUGUCGAAGCCCGCAGUGGUGCAGAAGAGAGCCAGUGACCACGCCUGACCACCGGGCUCGACCUUCCCCAUGGGCUUUUAGCACUGUGGACACAGCUGGGGUGGCCAUGAGGGCCACCUGUGAGCAGUAAAUGAAUCCUGCUUGGCAGGUUCUGGCCACACAGCUCCUAUAGUAGGCUUUUCAGAGAAGCCUUCUGUCCCAAGACUGUUGGAGACCUGAAGCCAAACAGAGGCCUGUCUCGGCUGGUCAAGGACUUGCAGCAUUUAUGGUUCUUGUGAAGCUGGGAACAAGUAAAGUCUGAGCCAGUCUGAGCCACAGUAA